AUGGCUUCAAGUUCAUCAUCUUUCCCAAGUUCUUCUAUUUCUUCUACUAGCAAAUGGACGUAUGAUGUUUUCCUGAGUUUCAGUGGUGAGGACACUCGCAAUACUGCUACGGACUUUAUAUAUUAUGCAUUAGUAGAGAAGGGCAUUAACACUUUUAAGGACGAUCAAAAACUUGAGAAAGGAAAAACUAUUAAACCAGAACUCCUUAGAGCGAUCAAAGAAUCCAAAUUUGCCAUAGUCAUUCUCUCAGAAAAUUAUGCAUUUUCCACUUGGUGCUUAGAUGAACUUGUAGAGAUCAUUGACUGCGAGACAAAAAAGGAAAUAACAGUUUUCCCUAUUUUUUACAAUGUGGAUCCAUCUGAUGUGCGAAAACAAAUAGGAACUUUUUCACUUGUUAAACAUGAAAAACAUUUCAAGGAGAAGGUGGAAACAUGGAAAGCUGCUUUGAGUCAUGUGGCCGAUCUUGCCGGAUAUCAUGUAAAGAAUAGGUAA